UACUGAAGUCGUUCUCUGAGUCAAAUCUUCGCAACAAAGGCGAACGGGAAAAUUGUUUUCGUUGCAAGGAAAUUAUUGAAUUUUUCGUGAAAAGUUAAAAAGUGAAAAUAUUUAAGCAAUAAUUUUUAGUAUACAACUUGGGCUCAAAAUUUUCGUUCCGGUUAAAAUGUAUCGAAUAACGUGAUUUAGAAAAGUAUAUAAUUAUGUACACAUAUAUGCUGAAAAUAAGUUACGAGUAGGUACAUAACUUUCAAAGUGCGAAGAAAUAAUCAUCGAAGUGUUGAAGGUAAAGUGCAAGAAGUGAAUAUAUUUGUAUGCAGAUGCAGAAAAUGCGUUUUGAAAAUGUAAAUUAAAUUUCUCAUGAUUUAAUGCGGUUAGUAAAAUUAAGACUAUAAAAAUCGAAAUUUAAACAACGUGGGUGCAAUACGCAGCUUUAAGAAAAGAAACAAAAUCUGCUUAGUUUUCUUUCAUACAGGUAUAAAAAAAGACUAUAAUUUAACAAAGGUCUCAAUUACACAAAUCAUUAUACGGGUAUGCAAUAGAUACCAAUUAACCUAAUUAGUAUACUCAAUUGCUCCAGACACGUUCAACAAACGAACUCUGAAGUACCAUACGACUUGUACUAGAUCGACAUCCGAAAAUCAAAAAAUUGUGCAAAUAAAAUGCAGAGUAAUAGCAAUUCUGGGCGUCAAGGUAAAGAGAAGCGUUUCUCUAUACACGACGCAUUCGAGGAAGAGACAGACGAGGCAAUACGCGUUUAUGGGUCCACAGUGAUUUCAACGCCUAUUCGUGCCAAGCAACGUUCAACGGACGAUGUCUCCAUCCGCAUACAGGAUCCUAAAAACUACACCAAAUACGCUGAGGACACUACAUCACGUGACAGCGACUCGCUGAUUCAAGAGUAUGGCAAUAUACCCACAGAGGAGACCAAUACAUAUUGUUGGCGGCAUCCGAAGGUGCGCGAAAACUGGCGAACUGUUUUGGCUGCCGUUACAUUGCUGAUUGUUGGCACCGGUCUCUUCGUAUUCGGCACAUUUGCUGUCGCAGAUCCAGCGAAUACAUCGCAGGGUGUCGUGUUCUUUGUAGCCGGCCUAAUCUGCUUCAUACCAGGCGCCUAUCAUGUCGUAUACAUUUGGCUGGCAGCUAAAGGAUACCGAGGGUUUGACUUCUACCAUCUCCCGUUGUUUACAUAAAACAAUGUCGACGCCAUUGACGAUGACGACGACAACAUAGACAUAGAUCCAUAGAUGGGGAAACUACGAUGACGACGACUUGGGUGAAGGCAUUAAUAAAGACAAUGGCAAUGACAAUGAUAAAAACGAUAAUAGAAUAGGAUAAAUGAUGGUACACACAUACGCCAACGUUUGGUACUUGUCGUUAUCGUUUGCUUUGAGUUGUUUUCGAGAGUUGGUGUGGUGUUAAAUGUUUGCGUUGACGGCGAAGCCAAAAUUUUUAAACUUCAAUGUGUGCAUAUAGUGGUACAGUGCGAAAAUGUAAGGAAAAAUAAGAAGUAGGCCUCCUCAAUGAAUUAGGAGCUAACAUCAUUUAAUUUUAUUUAUAAGAUAUGUGUAUGUAUCUGCCUUCAAUUCGUUGGCGAAGUAAGGCAAAGUCAAAGUCCAAACAAGCACACUCAAUCAUUACAUUGCCGAGAGACCUUUCACCGUUCGAACACUCGUCAUUUUAUUAUUAUGGAGUUUGUUUCAACUCACAAACACACAUACAUAAAUUCAGCUUAGUAAACAAGUGCAUGCAGCAAUCAUUCGACUUUAGAAAACCGCAUCACACUUAUCAUGGCAUUUAGUCAACAUUUAAAUGCCGCUGAUAUUGCAUAAUCGGUAUAUAAUAAAGAGAAGCAAACAAUGGAACGAUAAAAAUCAUAAGUAAAUAUGCAGCUAAACUUGGUGACAAAGUUGAAAAUCAUCAUAAAUUCCAGUACGAUUUUUAUGAAUGAAAAGUGCAUAUAGCAAACGAAUUUGGAUAUAAAUUACAGGCAAAAGAAAAUGUUAGAGAGUACAUAUUUAGAAUAUUUGUAAGCAAAAAACAACAAAUAUUGUAUGCAUGUAUAUGUGUACUCCUUGUCUAUAUGCGCAGAAAAUCGAAUGACUAAACGAAUGCCUUAGACAUUCAUUAAAACACACUCCAGGAUGAAACUGAUAUUAAUAUUUUUUCUUUUUUUCAAUAAUUGCAGCUCUGCAAAGAUAAACGUGAAAAAGUGAGAAAAGUAAAGAAUAGCGCUGUCUCAUCAAUCAGAAAAUUUUGCAUCGUUUUUCAUAUUUUCGUUUUCAUAUUUUAGACAAUUAAAUUUUUACACCCCUGAAAAGCAAUGUGUAGCGCUUCUUUUCUGGUACUAGUUUUGCAUACCAAUGUAUGAACUUACAUUGCGAUCCUUUUUUCAAUUCUCAUAUAUAUUUAAUUUGAAGCUAAUUCCGAUCGACCGCAUAAUAGCCAAAAUUUAUUAUUCCUUAACUCUUUUCACAAGUCAAUUUUUUUUGGCAAUUACAUAGUCCAAAAACUGUUACUAUUAUUUCCCUAAUAACACUUUACUGCUCUAACGGGCUCCGUCAUGGCAAAUAGUGGGAUUUUCUAGGCCUUGUGUAAUUGCAGAAUAGCAAAAAAUACAAAAGUCUUAAAUUAAAAUACCAUAUGCCAGGGUACAAGAGCAAGAGGGGUUACACAAUUGUAGCAACCUUAAAGAAAACAACAAUAAACAGUUAGACCUUAUGGAUACCACUUUUGGGCCUCUUCGGCUCACCCAGCGUGAGCAAGUGGCCUAUAGAUAAAGCAACUGGUAUAAAUAAGCAUUUCUUCGUAACGCUGGAGAAGAGCUGCCAAAAAUUAUAUUUAUCUGGAAGCACUUGAUGAGUAUUGGCAACACCGCAUUCAUACAGGAAAAUAUUUGUUGCUUCAACUCGUUAUUUGUGAUGUUCGUGCCCUUUUUCUCCUUCUUCCCAAUGUUGUUGGUGUCUGUAGAUCAAAAACUAAACAAUUGCAAACAACCGAGUUGCUGUGCAUGAACACGACGGCCAACACUAAAAGAGAGGAACUAUCAAACCUGGAGCAACUAAAGUCUCGCUGUAUGAACGCGGUCUAAUGAAACUCUCUUGAGAGUUGGCACCAUUGGAAAUAAUAAGUUAUACCAGUUUUAUGAGGUAUAACCGUACUCGUUAGCGACGAAUCUUGCUGUUGUUGUUGUAUCAGCAGACGGCCCUUGGCAGGAUAAAAAGCCGGGUCAUUCCGGUAACGUAGAACGUGAGAACGAAUCUUGCGCGAUAACUUUGUUGUUGCAAAUUUUUCAUCAAAUGAGCAGAGCCCAGAAAUAGCGAGCGAAGAAGUGGUGAAUCGAAUGUGUCUUUUCCCUUCCUCUUCUUUUUGCCAAGCGUUAGCAAGCGGCGAAUCUAACUUUGUUUUUGCUUUCUCAUUCAAAUUUUUCAUCAAGUUAGCCGAGCAGAGAAGUGGCGAAUAGAAGACGCCUAUACAUACAUGGUUACAGGUAUAGCAACUUUUGAAGGUAUUGCCAAUAUUUUCUUGCAUGCGCUUUGUUGUUCUGAAAAACUUUGCAAUUCUCGCCACUUUCAAAGGUUUUGCAAGUCGUAGAGAUUUUCCCUAUUAUUAUACACAUAUUUUUCCACAUUGCACAUACUUCAGAAUUUUCUUACUUUUAUAAAUACGUUUUUCAAGUUGCCGUCCCCAUACAGUCAUAUAAGUAUGGAAUCUUCUGUCCCUUUCUAACAUCGCAAUGUGUCCGCUAAUGUAAUUAAAAAUACGCGAAAAUGGCAGUCAAUCUAUUGUUCUUCUAGCAUUUUUUCAACGGCGUUUGUUGAAUACAGAAUGUGGUUGUAAAACUCAGUGCUUGGAAUCCGCUGAUCUCUGUUGUGUAGAUUCAACUAUUAAUAUUGGGUAUGGGAAUAAGUUUCCGCCUUCGUAAGUGAGGUGUCGCUGCUGAUACUAUUUUUGUGUUCAUUCUAGUAAUAUACUGGUAAUUUAAAGGUGUAUAUGUGAGGUCUCGAUCGCAGUAGAUGACAUUCGUUUGAAGCGUAAAGACCCUUUUUUAUCUGACGUCAAAAAUGUCUACGUUUAUCCCGAAAAAAACAGCAUUUGCGGGAAGUCAUGCUUCAUUAUUACCUUUUAAAGAAAAGGGUAGCUGAUGUUGAGAGAUCAAGCGUCGGUAAACGUUUGCACGCGAUGGGAAUAGUCCAAAAAGCAUAUAACUGGGUGCCACAUCAAUUGAAGGAGAGACAUUUGGUGAUGUGUUAGAUGCUGCUUGAACGGCAGAAAAGAAAGGGCUUUCUGCAUCGCAUCGUCACUGGCGAUGAAAAAUUGAUGAUGUUGGAGCCUGUCAGGUGAACCAGGUCCAUCGACAGCAUCGAAAAGCAAUAUUCAUGCUUCAAAUGUUAUGUUGUGCAUCUGGUGGGAUCAGAAGGGUGUCAUCUAUUAUGAACUCCUUAAACUAUCUGAAACCAUUAGUUACCAUCGUUACCGACUGCAACUAAUGCGUUUGAAUCGAGCUCUCAAAGAAAAGCGGACGGAAUGGGACGGUAGACAUGAUAAACUGAUUUUUCUGCAUGACAACGCCAAGUCACACGUUGCAAAAUCGGUCCAGAAAUAUUUAGAGGGACUGAAUUGAGAAAUUUUGCCAAAACCGCCCAGACAUUGCACCUUCCAGUUACCAUCUGUUCUGUCAAUCCAUCAAUGCAGUCUGCCCUUAUUGGAAAGCGGUACACUUCUUACGAGAGCAUCACAAAC